CUGAUUUCCUCCCAGUUUCCCGUUUUUCAAUCAAGACUUAUUUUCCAAACCCUUUUUGUCCUUUCUUUCUUUUUUUCUUCAUCAUCCCCUUCCAAGAAGCAGCCUCUUUGUGCCUAAUUUUACCUAAAUCAAUACCUAUUUAUACAUCUCAACAGAUUCCAUUUCCCCACUCACUUCAUCAUCGUACUAAUAACUACUUUCUAGUUGAAUUCUAAGGUUCUGCUCAAAUUAGUUAUUGUAUCUCGUGAACUAAUUUGAGAUUGAGACGUUAUUAUGAUGAUGAAAUACAAGAAUAACAAGAAACAAACGAGGAGAGACGAUCAUAAUUCGAAGAAGUCAAAUAUCAAAGUUGUAUACAUUUCUACUCCGAUGAAAGUUAAGACAAGUGCAUCGAGAUUUAGGUCACUUGUGCAAGAACUCACUGGACGAAACUCGGAUAUAGAAAGAAUCAUGGAGACUCAUGGGUCGAUAACGGAAUUUGAAGAUAUUCAUGGUGAACGCGACGACGUUAAUGAACUUCCAGCAAAGUCUUCGUCACUAUCACCAUCACCAUCAUCGUCAUCAAUAUCUUUGCUGCCCGCAAAAUCAUCUAUUUCAUCUCCUAUAAGCUCAGAAUCUAAUAAUUAUUUUAUGGAGCCUAAUUUUGAUGAUUUAUUUAACAACCAAUUAAUGGGAGAGCAAUUCCUUGCUUUAUUGGCUUCAUCAAAUUAUAAUAUGCCACCUAGUAGCAGUGAUUAUUCAGCUGAGAUUGAUGUUCUUGGAAGCUAUGAUGCACUACUUUAGAUUAUUUUCUUCUUUUUUAAAAUUUUUUUGGGAUGAUUAGGUGGUUAGAUAAGAUCGACUUAAUUAAGAUGUGUUGUAUAUAUGUAUGUAUUUUUGUUUUACUGAGCGGAUAUUGUUUAGAUAUCAUUGUAUCAUCAGCAUAAAAUAGAUAUUACUGUGGUAGACUUUAGGAGUUGGAAAGAUUUGGAAAAGUGAAAACUUCUUCUUUUUUUUCAAGAUUUUGGAAAAUCUAUAUUGUGAAGAAAAAAAAGAGUUUAGGUAAUAAAUAUUGUUAGUAGAAAGAAUUUCUAUAUAUUAUCAGGUUAUUUACGCGG